AUGGAAACACAACAGAGCAAGCUGGAAUUUUUCUGCAAGCUGGGCUACAGCAAGGGGCAAGUUGGCAAAGUACUGGAGAAGCUAGGCCAGGAGGCCUCUGAAAACGACUUACUGCAAGAGCUGAUUCAGAUGGGAAGCAGCAGCAGGAUUCAGGAACCUGAGUACUGCAUGCAGCCAUUUCACUCCAGGCCUGUCGCUCAAGCGUCAUGCAAGGCCCUGGCUAUCUCUCCACAAUCUACUGAGGAAGCCAGUCAUCCUGCCACAGACUUGAGACCCAUUGUGAUUGAUGGCAGCAAUGUCGCCAUGAGCCAUGGAAAUAAGGAAUUUUUUUCAUGCAUGGGAAUUCAGCUGGUGGUGGACUGGUUCAAGAACAGAGGUCACAAAUACAUCAAAGUCUUUGUCCCUUCUUGGAGAAAGGAGCCAACAAGAUAUGAUAAUCCUAUUGCAGAUCAGCAUAUCCUUGAGAAACUUGCAAAGCAAGCCAUUCUUGUAUAUACACCAUCCCGCAAAAUGAAAGGCAAGAGGAUGGUGUGCUAUGACGACCGUUACAUAGUUAAACUGGCAUAUGAGCAAGACGGGGUCAUUGUUUCCAAUGACAAUUUUCGGGACCUGCAGAACGAAAAUCCGGAGUGGAAGUGGUUCAUUGAGCAGCGACUGCUCAUGUAUUCCUUCGUCAAUGACAUAUUUAUGCCUCCGGAUGAUCCCUUGGGCCGACAUGGACCUUCUCUUGCCAAUUUUUUGAGCAAAAAGCCACUGACCCCUGAACGAAAAUGGCAGCUCUGCCCUUACGGCAAAAAAUGUACAUAUGGCAACAAAUGUAAAUUUUACCACCCGGAAAGAGUUAAUUGUGACCAGAUCUCGGUGGCUGAUGAACUCCGAGCAAAGACAAAGUCCUAUUUACUUGCUCAGAAGUCAGCGGAAGAAAAGAUGAGGGCAAUCCCCUCAGAAAGCAGAGGUGGGAAUACAUCCAGUUCAGUGGGGCCUAAAGGGGGCAGCACUAUUGUCAGGAAAAGCAGCUCAGCACACAGCUUUGAGGAACUUCACACUAAUCCUCCACAGCGGGAAGAUGGCAGCAUCAGGAAUUUGGCAAGUGACUGGCAGAGCAGACAUCAAGGCAGCUGGCAACCCGAAGCAACUGAAUUACACGAAGGUCACGAGAAACAUACAGGAGCCACGCUGAAGCAACUCUCUGCAUUGUCUCUUGGUUUCCAGAACUAUUCUCGAUAUACACUUGCCAGACCUGGUAAAUAUGAAGACAUGGUGGAUGAUCGACAUAAGGUCCACCAUCUCAAACAUAGUGCACCUUUGCCUCAUCAUAGCCAGUGUUUGGACUGUCCAUGCUUACAAAGAUGUACUUUCCAAGGAUGCUUCAGAGAAAGCGAGGAUGAUUCUGCUAAUGUAUGGAAACUCAAUAUUAAAGGAAGUUACUACCACACAAGUAGCAGCAGAGAAAUUGCAGUGGUGAAGGGAACUUGCAAGAUGUGGUUUGAUACUGCCAAAAUACACAGAAUCGCUGGCACCAGAAAUGACAUCAGAUGA